AUGCCGCCGAAGAGGAAACGGCGAGCGCCCCCCGCCAAGUCGCAGAGGCAGACGGAGCCGGACCCGCAGGUGCCUCCUGGCGCCGACGCGCCACUGGAGGAGCGGCUGAUAUGGGUCAGCCAACAAGAAAGCGAGCGUCGGAUUACUGCCAUCAAAGCGACACAAGAUGCAGAGGCUGGGAACAUACCUUACCAGUUGCAAUUGGUACGGUCAUAUUGUUCCAAGGAGCAAUUGGAGGGAAAUGCUAUGCAAUAUUUUCAGGAGAACUUGCCCGAUCUAUUGGUUGUUCCGAAUGAGGAGUAUGAUGUGCUUGAGCUAAAAUGGAAUAACGGAGAUGAAUGGAUGAUUGGAGACUUUUCAGAUGACAGGACUCUGCGAGCUUCGAUUGCAUCAUUCACAACUGCUGAUGGACUUCAGUUCCCAAGGGAUCCAGUUGGGGAAGACUUCUAUAGGCGCACUAGCAAUUUCAGUGAUUUUGCUUGGAGUGAGCAGCCUGAAGGCCAAAUGGCUGGAGCAGCAGAAGCUUUCCAGACACCUGGGGCUGUGAGUAACCGGCUAUCCUGCGGCAUGACACCCAAAACCGUAAGGUUACCCAAGAAUGGCGAGAUGCUCUUAUCUGUGCGUGGUUCACCUCUUGGGGUCUAUAAAGAAGAAAAUUUAUCAGCCAUUGAAGAAUCUGGUAACGGAAAUGAAGAUGCUCCCUGCUAA